CUUAUUACGAAAAGAUAGUAUCAAGUUUAGAAUUUACAUUAGAACUUGAAGAAACUGAACAACAUCAAUCUUACCAAGAAUUAAUUCAAAUAUUAAUUGAAGAAGAAUCAACUUCACAAGAGUUGAUAAAAGCAAUCAAAGAAAUACAACAAAAUUCUGAAGAAAGAUUUAAACAAACCUUAGAAUUGGCAAAGAAAAUUGCACUCAAGAAAGCAAAAAUAUAUAGAGAAUCAGCAAAAGAAAUUUAUGAAUCAAUUAGCAUUCAACUUAGCAUUCAGUCUAGAAGCAAUCUUAUAAGAAGGAAAAAAGAUCAACAACAGUCAUACCAAAACUUGAUUAACAAAAUAUCAAGAACGGAUAAACCAAAGAAAGAACACGAAAAAUAUCUUAUAACAGAGAUAAAAAGUUCUGAGAAUAGAAAAGAACAAAUUAUAGAACUAGUAAAAUACUUCUUUCACCAAGCAUCAAAAAAAACAUUUGAAGAAUCAAUUGACAAACUCAAAGAAACAGUUUUAGAUCAAUUAAAGGAAAGAGAAUCCUUUGAAGAAAGCAUAACAUUUGACAGAAAUCACUUAAAGACCAAUACAGAAGCUAUAAAACUCAAGUGGACUAUAGGAUACCAAGAUACCACAGAUCAAAUAGCAAAACAAGUUUCAGAAGCAAAAAUAUAUCACGAUUGGUCAAAAAUAAUUGAAGACAAAUUAAUUGAUAAUUACGAUUAUAUUCCAAUAGAAUAUAAAAGUAGAAAAAUAUAUUAUUAUGAAUUAAUAAGCCUCAUACCAACUCUAGUAGAAAUAUAUAAUCCAGAAAAAGUAGAACUAAAAGAAAGAAGUACAAGAGAAAAAGAAAAACUCCCAAGAAAGAAAUCAGAACCAACAUAUAGUAACUGUAUAAUCUGUAACGAAUUUAGAAGAGUAAACCAAGUAGAAAAAAUCUGUAAGAGCUGCAAGAUAACAAUUAACAAAAAAGAAACUGAAAGAAGAAAUCAGGAAUUUCUUGAAUCAGUAAAACUUCGACAAGAAACAAUACAAAACUGUGAAUAUUGUCUUGAAAGACAUAAAGAGUGUAUAAAGAAAAUAGAAAAGCAAAUCUUUGAUUUGGAUGCAAUUGCAGUACAAGAGUUAAACUGUACUCAAAGAAACGAAAACUGUGAAACUAUUCCAAAGAAAAAAGGAAAGACAAGAAAUAGAGAAAAACAAAUCUUAGAAAGAAAAAGAAAACCUAAGGAAAGAAAAUUUGAAAAGUCAGAAAAACAAGAUCAUACAUCUUUAAGAAAAAGCUGUGAUAAUUGUCAUAUUAGAAAAAAGAAGUGUCAAAAAUCACUUACAGAUAAACAGUGUCACUAUUGUAAGAAAGAAGAAAAAGAUUAUUUUCAAUCUCAAAUAAUAACAGAAGAAAGCUUAAAAGAAAAGCUAAAUAAAAAUCUGAAAGAUUUACCAACUGGAAUAUUAAGACAAUUAGUCUGUAACCUCUUCUAUACAGUAUUAGAAAGAGAAUCUAAACAACUAACAAAAGUAGUUGAAGAAAUAGAUAAACAAACAGAACCAACUGAACUUCAAACAGCAGUUGAAGAAAUAGGACAAUUCAAAUACUUCCUAACUCAACCAAAAUUGAGAAUAGAUUAUAUAAGAGCAAAUAUAGGACUAGGAAGAAUAACAAUAUUAGAAAACUUGAACAGCUCAAUAACAGAGCAAAAAGAAUGUCUAAAAGAAAUUAUUAAAACAUACGAAGAUAUUAAAGAACAACAGAAAGAUAAAUUAAAACAAUUAUUAAAAGAAUUAUUCCUAAUAAUAAGGAAAAAAUCAACCUUUAACAGUCUAACAAGAGGAUUAGCAGAAGUAUCAACAAAAAUAAAGAAAACAAUCCAACAACUAAAUCAA